AUGAAUCUAGAAGUAAAGAUGGAUGGAAUUUUAAAAAACACCGCCGACCCGGAAAAUUCGCCCGACGCUCUUACGCUCUCCUGGAGGCGUUUGUUGUUGACAAGAGGAAAGCUGAAAGCAUCAAGCAGAACUUCGGCUCUUAUGUCUGGAUUUGCUAUGAUUGCCAUGGUUGAGAUUCAGCUAGAGGAAGGGAUACCUGGUGGCCUCCUUAUAGCCUUCAGCGUCAUGACAACCAUUCUUAUAUCCGUUCAUGUCUUCGCACUCAUGAUAUCGGUGUGUAUACUCCCAAACAUCGAAAGUGUGGCCAACACUCAUCAGAGCUCUGGACUGAUGGUUCAUGACUCACCUCAUGAGAAAAUGCACUUGUAUGUUGAACUAGCAUGGAUUUUCUCAACUGGUCUUGGGACACUUUUAUUCCUUGGUGAGAUUGGAAUCCUCUCCUGGGUGAAGUUUUAUAAGUACAGUAUAGCAGCUGCCAUUGCUUCUUCUGCUGUACUUCUACCAGUGUGUGUACUCUUUGUUGUAUUUGCCGUUCAUUUUUACCGUUCUUUGGCGCAGCAUCGUUAUGAGCGGUUUUAUCAAGGGAUAGAAGAACUACAGCAGAUUGCAAGCCAGUUAGAGUCUUCAAGUGCUCCCAACACUGCACACAAUCAAGCAGUUUAGACUUUGGAUUUCUUUAUUUUAGUAAUCUGUAGUCCUAGGGGGUGUCAGGAAGUAGAUUGUGUUUCCCUUCAUCAAAGCACGAUCGAUUUGGUUUCAAUUAAGCAAUGUCCUUAUGUAUGUUCUUAUGGACCAUAAUGAAAUUCAAGAACUUUG